AGAAAGCAAAUACGUUAUGAGUUUUGACUUAUUCUAUCUCUAAAGAAGAGCCAAAGCCUUAAAUAAACACACAAGACCCAUUCAGUACAUGACUCCCGAGUAGUAGUCGCCACCCCAUUUGCAUUCUUCCUUCGUGUUCCCUUUCUCUUUUCUCAUCUCAUAUAUUCUAUUCAUUCAUUCACACCUUUUACUUUUAUCAUCAUCAUAUUCUUUUCUACUAAAACAUUCAACAAAUUCACAACAUUCUUCUCAUGGCGGUUGAAACUCCUCACAUCAAUUUCUUCUCUCCACAGUUACUAAACAACAAUAACAGAGAAAACAACAUCAACAUCAAACCCAAUCAUAAUCAACAACAACACUUCUACAAUAUUCCCAUGCCCAUGUCUUCAACAAUGCAUCAUCCUCAAUCCUUCUUUCCUUUCUGUGAACCAAAAGCUGAUAGUAGUGUCACCUACCACAACAAUAUCCCUGAUUCAAGGAAACGUUACAGAGACUUCAUAACUCAUGAAGAAUCAAACACUCAAAAACACUACAAACUUUCACAUCAAUCACCUAUUCUUGACCAAAACCUUCUCCAUCAUUUCCAAAAUCAUCAAUCAGAAAUCGAUCACUUAAUCACUCAACAUACAGAGAAAGUGAGAAUGGAGUUAGAAGAGCAAAGAACGAAGCAAUCAAGAAUGUUACUAUGUGCAAUUCAAGAUGCAGUAGUGAAGAAACUGAAGGAAAAAGAGGAAGAACUUGAUAACAUAGGAAAAUACAAUUUGAUGCUUCAAGAAAAAGUGAAGAGUUUAAUAAUGGAGAAUCAGAUUUGGAGAGAGAUGGCUAUAACAAAUGAAACCGCUGUUAAUACGUUAAGGAACGAAUUAGAACAAGUGCUGGCGCACGUUAACGAGAAUCAAAACCACCUUGAGGAAGCGGAAGAUGCGGAAUCAAGUUGUUCGAGUAACAACCACCACGACGACGACCACCGUGACGUGGAGGAGGAAGGUGAAGAAACGUCGGUGAUGGUGGUGGGGAAGAUGUGCAACAAUUGUGGGGUAAGAGAGUCAGUAGUGCUGUUACUGCCAUGUAGACAUUUGUGUAUGUGUACUGUGUGUGGGACCCACAUACGUAACUGCCCUCUUUGUUUUUCUGGUAUCAAUGCUAGUGUUCAUGUAAAUUUUUCUUAAUCCAUUACCAUUCAUUUUGUUAA